UGUUUGGACGAUGUUUUCCUAAUAAAGAAUCGCAGUUAAAACGUUCGUUACACAAGGAAAGCAAGUGACUUAAUUUCUCGGUCCUAGACUAGUCGCACCUAUCCAGCGAAACGCAUUUUAGAAUCUAGAACGCAGUUGACAGCGACAAUGUCUUGGACGAAUAUCGACAAAAAUCUUCUGAAAGGACCUGCUUUUUAUAAAGUGAUGCAACGUCACGUCAUUAGCAUAACGAAACAGGAAUUAAAUGGUUUUCCACGACCGCAUCCGUACUGCAAAAGCCGUGCCAUCAUCAACGCGGCCAAUUUAAACAAAUUGCGUUCGAAACCUGCCGUUUCUCUAGCACUGUAUGAAUGUAUUUGCGAUCGCUGCAAUACUCGUUACAACGUGAAUUCCCGAGGAUCACCCAUAGGGGAGCAAGGCGCGUGUUGUUAUCAUUGGGGUAGAUCCUUCCGCAAUCCUGAAACCAAAACAUCAUCUCCAUUUACCUGCUGUGGUCAAAAUGGUGAUGCUAAAGGUUGCACGGUGGGCAAAUGGCACAUUUCCAACAUUGGAAAUCUCACCAACUUGGAAGGCUACGUCCAAACGAUAGAAAAACCGUCGGCCGCCGACGGCGACUACGGUGUCUACGCGCUGGAUUGCGAAAUGUGCUACACCACAGCCGGUAGCGACUUGGUUUGCAUUACGGUUGUCUCGUCCGAUUGCAGGAUUGUUUACGAGACGCUGGUUAAACCUAGCAAUCCCGUGCUCGACUACAACACACGCUUCAGUGGCAUCACAGAGAAUGAUUUGAGGAAUGUGACAACGACGCUGGAAGACGUCCAGGCCUUCCUCCUUAAUUUGCUUUCCAGCAAAGCUAUUUUAAUUGGACACGAUUUCGGCACUGAUUUGCGUGCCCUUAAAUUGAUCCACGACACGGUCGUCGAUACGAGCAUCGUAUUUCCGCACGCUCGAGGGCCACCCUUUAAAAAGGGAUUGAAGAAAUUGGCGCUCGAUAUUUUAGAAAAGGACAUUCAGAAAGAAGUCGGUGGACAUAACAGCACGGAAGACGCCAUCGCGUGCAUGGAGCUAAUGAUAUGGAAGGUGAAAUAUCUCCUCGGGUAAAUGAAAUUAUGUUUUAUAGGUUACAUAAACGUAAAGGUCUUUUUCCACGUGUCGUGUAAUUCAACCCACUCCCCCUUUCUUUUCUAAUACUAAUAUACAGCCUUGGGUAUCUUUCACUGUAAAUGAUUUUCACCGUGCCUUUCACCUUUCUUUGUUCAUUACCACGCCCCAACUCUUUUUAUCCGUUUGCGCGAAAAUAAAUCUUUCUCCUCCUUU